UCUCCAGAUGUCCGUUCGGCUCUCGCGGGCUCUUGUGCUAGGGUUUUAUCGUUCUCUUGAUUCAAGCUUCUUUAGCUCUCUCCAUCAGAAAUCUUGCGAAUGGAAUUCAGAGGUGGAAAAAGGAGAGGUAGGCCCGAAGGUGCGUUCAACGGCAAUGGCGGUAUCAAGAAAUCCAAGCAAGAAAUGGAGUCCUUUACAACUGGUAUAGGAAGCAAAUCGAAGCCAUGCACAAAGUUUUUCAGUCCCUCUGGCUGUCCAUUUGGGGAGGGAUGUCACUUCUUGCAUUAUGUCCCUGGAGGCAUUAAAGCUGUCACUCAGAUGCUCGGCAGCAAUCCAGCCCUUCCAGCAGCUGCCAGAAGCCCGGCAGUCCCAUCAUCUUUUCCCGAUGGAUCAUCCCCUCUGGCUGUGAAAACUCGUUUAUGCAACAGAUACAACUCAGCCGAAGGAUGCAAGUUUGGUGACAAAUGUCAUUUUGCACAUGGUGAGUGGGAGCUUGGGAAGCCAUCCAUUGCAUCAUAUGAGGAUCCUCGAGCUAUGUCAGGGAGAUAUGCUGGUGACCGUUUGGAGCCAACUCCAUCAAACCUUGGAGCUGCUGCCAGCUUUGGAGCCUCUGCCACAGCUAAAAUCAGUGUUGAUGCUUCCCUUGCAGGAGCCAUCAUAGGAAAAGGUGGGGUGAACUCAAAGCAGAUCUGCCGGUUGACAGGUGCUAAACUUGCUGUAAGAGAUCAUGAGUCUGAUGCUAAUUUGAGGAACAUUGAACUUGAGGGUACAUUUGAUCAGAUCAAAGAGGCUAGUCAAAUGGUACGUGAACUUAUAGUUAGUGUUAGUUCGAAUUUGGGACCACCCAAAAGGAAUCCUGUGAUGCAAGGUCAAGCUCCUGCCAGCAACUUCAAGACAAAACUUUGUGAAAACUUUGCCAAAGGAUCCUGUACUUUUGGAGAACGGUGCCACUUUGCACAUGGAGAAGAAGAAUUGCGCAAGUCAGGGAUAUGAACUUUUCUGUGAUCUUUCUUAUCGUUCUCUCGUUCUUUGAUCUUGCGAUGUCGUCUGUGCUGUCCAUCUUCUUGACAUCAGUGAAAUAGAUAGAUUAAAAUCGUAAUUUAAGAUUUUGGGUUUUAAAUAUGUCAACACAUUUGAUUUUUGUUGUUGGAAUUCACUUGUUUUUGUGAUUUGGUUUACUUGUUUUAUUGCUCUCGUGUAAGUUUCUGGAGGCUGCUUCGUUUUGACCCCCCAUGGUUCAAUCCAGAGGCACUAACUCAAAAUCUGUAUUCGGUGUACUCUCUCUAGUAAUAAUUUGGAGCUUUACUGAA